UUCUGUAUGUGUGUAAGACCCUGCUAGGGGAUCCACGUAUGUGGACAGCAUAGUCAGUGUUUCCCAAAUUUGACUCGUAUGAUUAUUUUCUGUCCUGGUUUCAGAGUAAGCCAAUAAGCAUUUGUCACAUACAUGUGCUACAUACAAACAUUUUAGCUACCACUUCCUAUAACCUAAACUACUGCGCCUUCUACUGUUUUUUAAGCGUUUACAAAGUGAUACAAUUGGCAUCCUCAGGUUUUUUGUAUUGCUCUUUUUUUGGGUCCGAUUCCUUAUCGCCGAUAUCCUGACCCGCCAAUUAAGCACAAGGUGGAAAGCAAAGGAUGCGAACAUAAAUGAGAAUUUCUGAUUGGCUGCAAGAGUUGACGUUUCCAUGCAGCUCCCAGCGCCGUGACGUAUUGACCUCGCCUCCCUCCCUAUGUUUUCAGUGCGGCGUCGCUGGUUUCUGAGUAACAAGCCCGGAUAAAGAUGGCGGCUGCUGGUUCCAGUGUUAUAAAUGACUGCUGCUAAUUACCUCCCCAUUUACCUUCAAUACAGGCAUAAUUUAUCGUGAAUGUUCAGCCGCCAUCUGUCCGCUAGUCUUUGUGUCCUUCUGGCCCCCUUGUCUCCCUUUACUCUCCCGGCUGCUGCAUGUCUGCAGCUGAAAGGGGGCGUUUUACUGAUCAUUUUCUGACUUGUCUGUGCAGCACCGUCAGGUACCUGACCUACUUCAGGUCCAGGAAGAAAUCCCUGCACUACUGCAAGAUCAAAGAGCCCAAGCUGGAGGAGAUGGAUGAGCAGAGCGUGGAGAGCAUAGCAGAGGUCUUCAGAUGUUUUAUAUGCAUGGAGAAGUUGAGAGAUGCUCGUCUCUGCCCACACUGUUCCAAACUUUGUUGUUUCAGCUGCAUCCGGAGAUGGUUAACUGAGCAACGGGCUCAGUGUCCUCAUUGCAGAGCUCCCCUUCAACUCAGGGAGUUGGUUAACUGUAGAUGGGCAGAAGAAGUCACUCAACAGCUUGACACCUUGCAACUCUGCAGCUUGAAUAAGCAUGAGGAAAAUGAGAAGGACAAAUGUGAAAACCAUCAUGAAAAAUUAAGUGUUUUUUGUUGGACUUGCAAAAUUUGCAUUUGUCAUCAGUGUGCCCUGUGGGGAGGAAUGCAUGGGGGCCACACCUUCAAACCCUUGGCUGAGAUCUAUGAGCAGCAUGUUACCAAAGUGAAUGAAGAAGUAGCAAAACUGCGCAGGCGACUUAUGGAAUUAAUCAGCCUUGUGCAAGAAGUGGAACGGAAUGUAGAAGCUGUUCGGGGAGCAAAGGAUGAGAGGGUUCGGGAAAUUCGCAAUGCAGUAGAGAUGAUGAUUGCAAGACUUGACACUCAACUCAAAAACAAACUCAUCACAUUAAUGGGCCAGAAGACCUCUCUCACUCAAGAAACAGAGCUUCUGGAGUCACUGUUACAAGAGGUGGAACAUCAGCUCCGAUCUUGCAGUAAAAGUGAACUCAUUUCCAAGAGUCCAGAAAUUCUUAUGAUGUUCCAGCAGGUCCACAGGAAGCCCAUGGCUUCCUUUGUCACUACUCCAGUACCUCCGGAUUUCACAAGUGAACUUGUUCCUGCCUACGAUUCAGCUACUUUUGUCCUGGAAAACUUUAGCACUUUACGCCAACGAGCUGACCCAGUUUAUAGCCCACCUCUGCAAGUUUCUGGUCUUUGCUGGAGAUUAAAGGUCUAUCCGGAUGGGAAUGGAGUGGUGCGAGGCUACUACCUGUCUGUUUUCUUAGAGCUUUCUGCUGGUCUUCCCGAAACCUCAAAGUAUGAAUAUCGUGUGGAAAUGGUCCACCAGUCUUCUAAUGACCCUGCCAAGAAUAUAAUUCGAGAAUUUGCCUCUGAUUUUGAGGUUGGCGAGUGCUGGGGUUACAACCGUUUUUUCCGGCUAGACUUGCUUGCUAAUGAGGGCUAUCUGAACAGAACAAAUGAUACCGUCAUUCUAAGAUUUCAGGUUCGCUCACCAACAUUUUUUCAGAAGUGUCGGGACCAGCACUGGUACAUUUCCCAGCUGGAAGCAGCUCAAACUAGCUACAUCCAGCAAAUAAACAACCUAAAGGAAAGACUUGCAAUUGAGCUCUCCCGGAACCAAAAAUCACGGGGUAUGUCUCCUCCAGACACACAUCUCAGUCCUCAAAAUGAUGAAAGUCCAGAAUCUAGAUCCAAAAAGACAGAUGUUAAUUUAGAGCGUAUAUCUUCCUUACCUACUCCAAGAGAGGCUGAGGAAGAUGAAGACAAAAGCCUCAGUGUAUUUAACCAGGAUUUGUCUGAUGGAGACCUGGAUGUGGAUUUAGCUGGGGAGGAUGAAGUGAACCAUUUAGAGGGCAGCUGUUCUUCUGCCAGUUCUUCUGCCACCAGCAUCACAGAAGAAAAUGAUAUAGAUGAAGAAACCAUGUCAGGGGAGAAUGAUGUUGAAUAUGGCAGCAAUAUGGAUUUAGAAGAAGGUGAAUUAAUGGAAGAUCCAUCUACUGCUGGGGCUGCUGCAGGUGGCCAUGUUUACGGCAGUGGGAGAAGCUCAAGACGCACAGGAAGCAAUAUUGGGUCCACUAGCAAUAGCAGCUUGUUGGACUUGGAUCCUCUGAUUUUCAUUCACUUGCUAGACCUAAAAGACAGAAAUAGUAUGGAAAAUCUUUGGAGCCUUCAGCCAAGGCCACCCACAUCUAUUCUGCAGGCUACAGCUUCAUGUUCCCGUAAAGAGAGGGAUCAAAGACGGCAGCAGACAUCCUGGCGUGUUUCUCCAGAUCUGAAAAUGCUAAAGCGAUACAAGUCUCAGGUGCUGGAAGUACGUAGCAAGCUGUCCGCUGUUAAGAGCCAGCUGUGUGAAGUAAGAAACAACAAUAAUGCAGUCACUGAGAAUCACUCUGUGAGCACGGCGGAGCUGGACCAGCUAACAAGCAGCAGUGCAGAGGGAUGCACCAAGUUACAAGAGUUGGGUAUGGAGCUCCUCAGAAAGUCUUCUCUUGCAAGCUGUUAUGUGAGAAGUGCUAGCAGUAAGAAAAGCAAUUCCCCCAAGCACUCCCGGUCAGGAGAUAAAGCAGGUGCCCUGUCUUUGCGGAGAGCAAUGGAAUGUGGGGAGGGCAGCCAUCGUGUCAAGGCAGAAAGUCAGGCAACAUUGGAAGGUUGCAGUACUGGUACAAAGAGUGGCAGCAGGCAUGGAUCACCCAGGUCUCUGACAAACAGCAGCCCAGAAAUCCCUUCCAGCUCUAAAAUAGACGACAGGCAGUCGGAGCUGCUUAGCUCAGAAAUACAAGCAAUGUGCAUGGACAAGAGCAGGAAAGUCAUCAGUUUGGGGCCCAGUUCUAAAGCCUGGAUUGGAAAAGACAUUGUGCAAAUGGGCAGCUUGGACAGUGACCCUGAAGCAGGAGAGAUCACCUCCAUGUUAUCCGAAGUAGCUUCAGUAACGUAUCCUGAAGACGCUGCCGUGUGCUCCAAACUCGUUCUACACAUAUUGCCAGGAAUGAGCAGCGACAGCGACAUUGAAUGUGACACUGAAAAUGAAGAACAGGAGGAAAACAUUACUUGUGGUGGAUUUAAUGAUUCCUUCACGACGCAGGCUCAAGGGGAAGAUCAAGGACGUUCUUUUCCAGAUGAGGACAACAAUAUAAGCUCUGAAGACCUUCACUUUCCUAGCGGAGAGGACACAGGAAGGUAAUUUCAUGGAGAAUAUGAACAUUUCACUUCGCUCGUGCUGAAGACCAGAAGGCCUAAAACACUAGACUACUUAGCAAAACGUUCCAUUUUGGAUGCACAUUCACUGUAACCUAUUUAUUCUGUGCAUGGCUGCAACAGGCGGUUGGGCAGUUUUGCAAAAAUUCAUUUUUAAUUUUUUUUUUAUUUAUAUUCUUUUUAUUGUGGCACGGCACUGAAAAUAAGAAUUCUAAACACCGGUUAGAUCUUAAUAAGUAACAAACACAAAAGCCUUUGACUAUACAUAUCACAGCUAGAGGGGAUCUAGUUGACUGGAUGUGACCAGCAAUAAUUAUUCACACCGAUGGGCCUGUUCAAAUAUAGGUCUGUUUUUAAAGCUUCAGUGUUACCGUUACGGCUUUUCCUAUUCAUCUUAUUGACUUGGGCAUCUCAAUGAUUCCCCAGACAGACAGGCUGUAAACUUUUAUUUGGAAAUUUGCUUCACGUAUGUGAGAGCAUGUAAUUGUUCAUUGUCUGCUAGUGCCCUAGUGUUCCACUGAUGAACUGUAACAAUCACCUCUGUUCUGUGGGGCAUGUGGGGAUAAUGGUCUCAGCCUGGUUUCUCUUUUCUGCCAGGAAAGGCUCCAGUGUAUCUGCAGCACACGGGAAACUUAACAUUGUAGCAAUGCACCUUCUUUAUUGUAGGGUGCAGUCAUUUAAAGAGACAUGGGUGCUAAAGUUGUAUCAGUAAAUCCAGUCCAUUUAUUAUCAAGCAAUCUGAUUCCAGAAUCUGCCAGUCACAGGCUGUUCAUUCUUGCGUGUCCCCAGAUGUUGGCUCAUGGCUACAGUAGAACAAGGUAAACUGCUUUUGCUUUACUUAAAGGAAUGAACCAUAUUUUCCCCACUAAGUAGUUGUGUUGAGAUGUUAUUGGUGCAUCGUCUGCUGACACUGUAUUAGUGUUCUGUGUAGUGGAUGUGCUGUGUGUUUGUGUAGCUCAGAGCCUGUUCCAUCAAUAACUCAAGUUGAUAUGUAGCCAAUCACUACUCAUAUGUGGUGUCACCUUAUUAUGAGCGCGUAACUCUAAAGCUUUUCAGCCAAAGCACAGAAAUGGCUUCUAGAUACUACACUUAUUGGUACUUUUAACCCUUUAAACUUGCACUAAACUGCUCUGCUGGAAACCACCAUGCAAAGCCAUAGGAUGAGGGAAGUGGUAGUACCGCCUUCCAUGUUGUAUGAGCAAGAGUUGAACUUGCCAACAUUAAGCUGCUGACUGACUGCAUUAUUUCUGCUGGGUACAAUUACUACAGCAAUCUCAAUGUUAGAUAUUUAAGUCCGUUCUUUUGUUUCUCUGUCUCUUGUUCAUUCAUAUUUUUAUAUGUCUAAUUUUGGCUUUGUUUUGUACGUUCAUUUUUUUUUUUUUUUUUUUGUAAAUAAAAAUUAACUGUAACAUCCAA